AUGAGUGAAGUAUUGAGUCGUCUGACACAGCAAAUGACCCUACCGACAGCAAGAGCCAAGUUGCUAAAGGCUUUCACGACUGUGGCGUUCAUCCACGCAUCUCGCGGUGACUCGAAGGCUGUGGAAGACGUGUUACGAGACAUGGCGAGUCAAGGUGUUGCUACCGACAGGAUGUUCUUUGACUACGUCCUCAACGCACUGUACGGGUCCUGCGGUAUCGACAUGUGUUUCUCGCACUUGCGUGAGCUGAGUGCAAACGAGCUGGCGAUUCCAGACGGGCUGUACGUCUUUCUGGUUGAUCUCGGUACCACGAUUGGUUUACUUAGUAAUGGUACGCGUGACACGUGGAUUUGCUUGUGUUCAAUCGGCGUUGGAACCUACGGAUAA